AUGUCGGCUGACAGCACUUCAAUCUACACCGGUUUCUGGGUCAAUUGGUCUCACGGCCGCGUCCUCGGAUCUACAAUUACACUCUCUGCGCGUAACAGCGCAAUUCUGACCUCUUUCAUUGCUACAUUUGUUACAAUUGUCGGAGCUCAGCUGUGGAAGAUCUUGUGCUUUAUCUUCCAUCAGAGCCGGGCGUCGCAGAAGCCCAAGGACGGGCUCUACCAUCAGCAUCAAAAUGUGUUUCGCAAUUCAAGUACACCCGGGGGAGCCGCAUGGUCAUUCAUACUUCAGAGUUGGCAUUGGUCCGGCCGAGCACGCCACGUCAUGCUACGCUCGCUACCCUGGGCUCUGUUCUCGAUCUCAUAUAUCGUUGUUUUCGCUGUCUUGUCCAUUUUCGCUUCUUCCGAAGUCACGAAGGCCGCAGGGCAGGAUCGACUGAUACAGAGCUCCCAGUGCGGGUACUGGGGCACAAAUCGCAGUACGAAUGCGGAGGGACAUUACCAACCUGGACAAGGGGCAUUCGCAGCUAAAGUUCUAAAAGACAGUCAGGACGCAUCGGCAUACGCUCGCAGGUGUUACGAUGGGUCAGCGGAUGCCCUCGGCUGCGACAUGUACGCCACCCCUGUCAUCCGGUGGGAAGGCAAGGCGACCGAUUGCCCAUUCAGAGACAAUAUAUGCUGGCGAAAUAACACCUACCAAAUGGAUACUGGAUUGCUCGACUCCCAUGAUGAUCUGGGUAUAAACACCCCAGUGGAAGAGCGGUUAAAGUAUAGGAGAGUGACUACGUGUGCGGUGCUUGUCGAGGAAGGCUAUAUAGAGCAAAAUAACGACUCGGCGUUGGUCACAUGGAAUUAUGGACCUUCCGGUGACCGGAAUUACACAAUCUCUUAUAGCAAAUAUGCGGUACGCUCGAAUAUUGGCUACAUAGUCAAUACGAACUACGCGAACGCCGGCGGUCACUCCUCCUGGACACCUGCUGCACCUCUCAAUCGGACGGAUGCUGAUGUUCAAAUGGUGUUCAUCUCAGCAAACUCAAUGCUGUACUCAGUACCUGUUGAUGACCCUGUCUUCUCUGCUCACUUGGUCAGCAAUAUCUCCCUCACCGGUAAUGAUGGUCAGGAACUUGUCUACUAUGAAGCCGAUUCAUACCUCAGUCCUAUUGCCUGUACCGAGCAACAUCAAAUCUGCCACGGUGAUGCCUGCACACCGCUUUCUGCUUACGGUGUAGUAUUCUCCCAGUCCCAAGGCCUAACCGAGCUUCAAGAAGCCAUAUCUCAACGACUAGCAUUCGCAGCUAUCUUCACGGGCGUGGCUCAAGUGAUCAACGGUCGCUCGGGUACAGCUCUCAGGGCCUUGGAAACUGCUCAGGCGAUCCAUCAAGUCUCAUUGCCUGCAAAUCAGUGGCAGGUCGAACUCUCGUCCUGGUUCAACACUGGUCUUGUGAUUUUGCAGAACGUUUUGCGAGACUAUGCCAGCCCCACGAAUCUGGGGCCCGGAAGCUAUGUUCGCGCACCUGAGACUCCAGCAGAAGUUGCAAUGUGCUCCAUCCAAAAGACUCAAGCAACAUAUGGCACCAUCUCUUUCUCCGUGCUGGGCCUAGCGAUCAUCCUUGUUGUUGGUGCAAUCGUGCUUGUGCUCAGUUGCAUCUUGGAGACCGCAGCAAGCUUCAUCGGACUAGAGAGCUACCAGAACUGGAUUCUGGAUGACAAGCUGCAGCUGCAGCGGAUGGUUUUCGAAGGAAGAGGGGUGAGCUGGCUCAAUACCCGCGGUCCUAUUCCCGUCACCGCGGCUGGAGAGAGAUUUCCGAGCGUGGCACACUUGCCUGAAAGCCAGGCCCUCAUGUUCGAGGACGAUAAGGCGGUCGGGGUGAACGUGAGGGAAUUUCGUUGA